AUGACAAUCACCUACGCGGAGCAAGCCUACAGAGAGGCUUUAAAAACCUUUGAAGAGAACCUCAGCUCGCAACAAUUGCGUGACGUACAGCGUCCCACCUCGUUGACCGAAUUAUGCAGCAUUGCGACGUCGAUCAAUGCAAAGCAUUCCUCGAAGGACGACCGCAAGACAAUACGAUUCACCGAGCGGGUAAGUAAAGUGCUUGGCGUGCUACAACCUUUCGAUGGUAUUCUGAGCAGUGUCGCCGGCGCGGAUCCCUUCGGUGCUGGCAAUUUGAUAUGGAGCUCAAUCCGCUUUACCUUCCAGCUCGUGGAAGACGCACAGAGUAUUUUCGACAGCGUCUUUGGGUUCUUCGAAGACAUCUCACUCGAGCUAGAAAUUAUCCAAAAGGAGAUUAACACAUUCAAGGACUCGCAGCUGGUUUCCAGCGUCGGGCAGCAAGUAUUCUCCGCAUUGCUGGAGUUUUGGGUCUAUGCGGUCAAAACGUAUAGAAAUUUGCGAUUUGGCUCAUUAUCUAUCAAGUCGUAUUCUAUCAAAGGCAAAUUCGAGCAGUUACAGAGCAAACUCAAGGAGCAAACUAUGUUGCUAAAGAGUGCAGCACAAGCACAGCAUCAUGAGAAUUCAAGCCAGUUCUGGAAUGCGUUUCAGCAGUCGCACCGGGGUAGUUCAUUGUCCCUUUCCCUUCACGUAUUAUUGCUCGACGAUCAACGUGUGUUUGAUUGGCUCAAAGCCCCAGACUAUGCCACUGAUCUAAAGAAGGCAAACUCGAGGCGACAUAACGGCACCUGUGUAUGGGUCAUGGGUAGACAAGAAUUCAAAUUAUGGUCUGGUUCUUCCUCUGACACGCGAUUCUUAGUGAUUUAUGGUAUUCCCGGCGCGGGAAAGACAAUAUUGAGCUCAUUUCUAGUUGAACGGGCCCGGCGAACUUUCCAGAGCGGUACGGAUCACAAGAAACCUUGCCUGACACUCUAUCAUUUCUUCAAAGCAGACGACGAGACGAAAAAUACGCCCUUAGCCGCUGUGAGAUCUCUCCUCGAACAACUCUAUAGCUUCGUGCUGGAGAAUAAGAUUGAAAACCUGCGAACAGCGUUGCAGAAUACCUCCCGUAAACGACAUGUUGAUUACGAGGAAAUGUUAGCUGUAUUUGCUAGCUCGGUUCAACAUGCCGACUGCACCUUUACGAUCGUUCUCGACGCCCUUGAUGAGUGUGUAGGUGUUAAGCCCCUCUGUAAGGACUUGAAAACACUGGUUUCACACCCCGACAUACAUGUCAUUGCGACUAGCCGAAGGACUGGCGAACACAUGGAUGUCAUUAACGGACCAAGGACGAUGACAAUCCUAAUGACUGAAGAUGAUGUGAAAAGAGAUAUCGCCUCCUUUGUCCGACACAAAGUGAACAGAAUGUCAAACCUGCAAUCGCCAGCCGACCGUCGCCUCAAGGCCUUAGUCAUCGAUGAGCUUUCCAAGAAAGAAAAUCACAAAGGGAUGUUUCUAUGGGCAUACCUGAUGUGUAAAGAUAUCAAAAUGCAAGGAAACGGGGCUAGAGUCCGCCAGGCACUUCUGCAAUUGCCGGGCGAUAUGGUAGCGCUCUAUGUGAAGAUACUGGAGGGCCUGAACGCAAAGCCUCUUGCAGAACAAGACUUUGUGCAACGGGUGUUUCAGUGGGUAGUGGGAAGUAUCCGGCCCUUGCGCUGGUGUGAAUUAGACCAGGCACUGCAGAUCGAUGAGUUUCGAGGUGUCAAGUACGAGGAUGACGACGACUACGAAGAGGCAUAUAUUUAUUCCCGUAGAGAUGUGGUAAAAGCAUGCGGUUCUCUGGUGCAAUAUUCAGGACUGGACGAUGGAGACACUAUUCGCUUGAUACAUUUGUCCGCAAGAGAGUUUCUGCAGCGUAAAAUAACACAAUCCAUCACUAUCCCACCUAGCCUUGCGAAGUACUUUGUCGAAGUGACGAGCUCGAAUGCGGUAUUAGCAACAGCAUGCCUAAACGUUCUGCAUGCACCCUCAGUACAGAAUAAUGCAUAUUUCCGAAUUCCCAAAUCUAACCACAUUAGAAAGGAACUAAUGGAGCUGUGCCCGCUCUUCGAAUACGCGGUAUUGUACUGGCCGGAAUUUGCUUGCGCAUUUGCUGACGCUAUAGCUGCUGGUGAAAAUAAUAUUGAACCAUCCGAAGAUCUUUUUGAACUCUUGGCUCUCCUUCUUGAUGGACCCUGGAGCCUUUGCUGGCUCGAGGAAUAUAUUCGUCUUGGUGGUAUUGAUAUUGCAAUGUACACUGUGGGAAGGAUCCAAAACGUUGACACGAAUGUCUCUCGGAAAGGUCUUGCAUUCUCACACACCCCCCAACAGUGGGCCGCGCAUGUUGUACAUGCCCUGCACACCUUUUCAGAAACAAUUUCCCAUUCCCCUGAAUGCAUCCAUACGUGCGUAGAGGCUCCCGGACGCCAUGUCUCUCUGGCCACUAGCUCCAAGCCCCAACGACUGAUUACCCUAGGUGCUCCAAACAAUGACCUGGCAAAGAAGCAACCACUCCCGAAGGGUGAGCGUGGAUGGAUCGGAUAUAACCACAAGUCCAGUCGUCGCCACCUCAGUGGAGCUACUGCCUAUCGACCAGCCUUGGAAAAUGGAGAAGACAACUAUCAGGGAAUUUGGGGGAUUCGCUCUGCCCAACUGAAACAGGACGCGACAUUCCUUGCAGCAACAUUCUGCCCUGAUGCACACGAGGAACUCUUCUAUCGCACAGUGUGCUGGAGCUUGUCCAGCCCGAAGCAGAUCUCCGUCACCGCCGAUUGGGCUCAGGUUAUUAUUGUUGACCGCUCUGACUCGGAAAUAUUUCAGGCUGGUUCUCUGCUUGUACGGGGGAGUCUUGUUGCAUUCGGUCCAAACAACUCGUUGAUUACACCAGGUGGAAUUUGGGAUCUAGCGACAGAGGAUAGACUGCCUUCGCCUGAGGAGGUUUGGAACCCUGAAAAUCGGGAAUCCAUAUCGCAGACUUGCUUCAGCUCUACUCGAGCGGCAAGGGUCCGCGACCGCCGAUGGUUGGAGAUCUUGGAGCUAUUUGGCUCUGAGCGUUGGAACGCUGGAGACCUUACGGCGGCAUUCCCGUUCUCUAUUGAAGAACGUAUUGCAGAUGGCUGGGCUAGGAUCCGCAUCCGUUCCUUCAGUCGUUCAGGAGCUAAACUGAUGUUAACAUACUACGAGGGUAAACAAAAAAAUUCAGAUGCUGACUCCCUCCAGGAGUUGCAUCCUAGAAUUAUCUGCGUCAUUUUGGAUGGGGAAGGCCCAACGACCGGUACACAGGUUGAUUUCCCCAUUCAUUCUGGCACUGCACUGCUAGAAUGUCAGUUUACUGAAGACGAAGAAAGGGUUGUUGGGAAGCUGCAGCCGCCCGAUGACGACAUAAAUGCCGGAGGAGGAACAUCCAUUGUUGUCUGGGGACUACAGAAGAAAGGGGGGGGAUAUGACAAAUCUGUGCAGUAUCUCUACCUUUGGAAGUCCUUUGGGGAUGUUUCCUUUACAAUGACGCCGCCAAUUUCAGCAGAGCCUAAAGGUGGCAUACUGAUCGCGUUUUCGGAUGGGAGUGUGGCGCGCCGCUCAGUGGUAGAUAUAUGGUCGUCAGCAGAGGAUGACGAGUUGCGUGCCUCCCGGCAUGCGCUGGAGGCUAGAGGCAAAGUGCUCAAUUACAUCACACCUGACGGAGGCAGCCUUUUUGCCAUCUUCUUGACUGGUUUCCUCGGGCCCUCCCCGUAUUUGACAAUUGAAGCCUGGAGCCUGAGCGAAGGGCAAGAGCUUUCCUGUCCCGUCGUCAAACGGCUUCUCGAGCCCUCUUCAGGAAAUAACUCACUUGAUUCAAACGGUCACUUUUUGCUCAGCAAGUCUGAGAUUUUCGAUAUCAGCGAUCCGACAUCCCCGCAGCCACUGUCCUUCAAACUAGCCAACGGUGGUGAUGCUAAAGUCACCUUUUGUCCUAACCAGCCCAUUUUUGCAUACACGUUUGAAGAAAACGGCAGUGUGACAUUGCAACUUUAUGAGGGCAAAGCGGACGGAAGCUGCGAACUUCUUCAUACCCAUUCCAUCGUGGUGGAGCAUGGGAUGAUUCCGCAGGACAUCAAAGUUGCAUUUGAUAGUAGCCAUUAUCCGCCGCGCGUGUUUGCAUACUCGUACUGGACAGUGAUCGGUGAGAAUAUGACAUUUGUCGUCUCGGUAGAGGAUGACGGUAACAUGAAAUCUGAGCUAGUUUCGGAAGAAUACAUGGCCGACCUAACCUUCUCUCUGGACGGCAAGCACAUAUUCAGCGUCGACCGACAAGUGCGGCCAGAGGACAUGCAAUGGCCUACCCCUCUGCCCAUUACCUCCCUCCCUCCAACGCCACCCACCGACAGGCUCAAUAACCUGUCUCUCUCCCUCUCCAUUGUCGACACUCACCCCGUCACCUUAGAGCGCGAUUACUGCUUCAUCGACACGGCCCUGAUCUAUCGUGUAUCCCAAGAGGAGCGAUUAGGAACCGUAUAUCUCGACGUGAAAAGUAUUCACGAACCCGCUACCACGACAAACUGUUUCCGUAAGGCCCUGGGUAUUGUCCCGGAUGAUUAUUUGAUUCGGUUGCUCGAUAAAGUAUUCCUGGUGUGGCCAAGGGAUAGUGCGGAGGAAGUAAAAAUGGUGGUUGUGCCUGGAGGGAGGAAUGGUAUGCCGAUGAUUAUCCGUUCAGGGAUGAGUAGUGGCGAGUUGGUCGGUAUCGUGGAGAAGGCAAUGUGA